UUUUUUUUAACAUUUGUUUGUUUCCUUUCAUUUUAUUGUGUACGCCAAACUUAAACCAUCCAAAUCAAGUUGAACAACAAGGAAACGAAUAAAAGAAAAUAUACAUGUUAAUAUAUAAAACGUUUACACAUCUUCUUGCAAAGGAGAGGGAAACAACAUAUACACACACAGAGACCAGAGAGAAUUGUGUGUUUUGAUGAACUCAAAUCAAGCGAUUUUUGCCAACAGAAACGGUAGCAAGAGCAGCAGCAGAAGCAAUAACAUUAGCAAGAGCAACAACAACCCAAUGAAUAAAAAAAGUGCAUGAAUUAAGUUCAUGAACAGUGAAAACGCGAAAGAGUGAAAACGAGAGAAAAAAAUAGAAGAACAGACAACAAAAAAAUCAUUUAUCGACUUUUCGUGUAGCCUUAUUUUCUAUUUCGAACUUUGAUUGUUGUUGUUCGUCUUCGACCAAAUAAGUCUGUUUAACAACAACAAUAACGACAACAACAAGAGAAAAAAUAUCGCCAAUCUCAGUGUUUUUUUUCAAUUCGUUUGGUAAAUUUCAUUAAUUUUGAACUCCGAUUGUUCGGUUGUGUGUAUGUGAGAAAGAAACUUUGAAAAAGACGAUAAUGUAAUGAGCGAACAGAAGGAGCGCAACACCACGAAGCAUACCAUUAAAAAACAUGUGUAUUAAUGACAACGUGUCAUCGAUUGUGUAUUCAAAUGGCGUUUUGUGCUUGUAUUUGAAUAUGAUCGUGUCCUGAAUGCAAUCCCUGAUCAAAUAACACCAAAAAAGAGCAUGGCAUCAUCGGCCGAUGCGAAUAUGUUCGCCCUAGUCUAUUUGACAAAUGUGAUGUGUCAAAAUUUAUCAUAUUGCAAAUUCAUUGUUUGAAUUUUCAACCACAUACACACGCGCACACAUGCACACACACCUAACCGCUUUCGAUUGUGACAAACGAACGAACAAGCAAAAGAAGAAGAAAGUUCAAAAGAAGACAGUCCUUCGACGGCGUGUACCGCGGUGUUAAUCUACGUAAAUUAGGGAAACUAAUCAAUUAUUCAUCUGAUUUACAUUAGCAACUUUUCGCUUCAUCAAACGAACGAAAGUGCACGGGGAAAAAAGUGUGUGUACAAGCUUGAUUGCAAACAAAGCGAAAUAAGAAAGAAAGGGCAAAAACCAGAAAGAGAGAGAGAGAGAGAGAGCGAAGAAAAAAAGAAAAACCAACACCAAAUUUGCAAUUUAUCACAGAAAUCAAUCGCCAACGGAAACAAGGACGAGAAACUAAUUCAGUUUUAAUUGCUGCGUUUCGACAACAACCGAACACAACCACUAAAUUAGUUGGACAGCAAAAAUUCGUGAUCAAAGACCCGAAUCGUUCACGAGGAAUAUGAACUAGACCAUAAAACGAUUGAUUCAAGUUGAAGAAGAUUUAACCGAAGAAAAAAUAAUUACGAUCAGUGUGGAAAACAAAAGCUACAGUGUUAGGUGGAUACACACGAACUAGGAAUGAAAUAAGAAUAGAAAUCGAUAAAAGCGCCGAAAAUUGAUUAUUAUCCAAUUCACGAAUACCAAUUGACGGUACGAAAAAUCUGACACAUACACAUAUAGAUUGAAGCGGCUUGCAAAACGUCACCAGCAACAACAGCAACAGCCAACGCUAUAGGACACACGUUCACAUGAAAUUUAAAAGGUUGAUUGAAUGAUAUUGAGGGAAAAUCGGACGCAAAUUAUUGUUGAUUCAAUGUGUGUAUAUCGUUUGUUAUUUUCGUUCGAAACGCAUCCGUUUUAGCUUGUUUCAGGCGCCCCUACACACUAUCACCACCUCAUGCUAUGCUGAUAUAACUUGGUCGAAAGUUCAAGAGUUCCUUCAUAUAUUCAUACAUAUCACAACAACAAUAACAACAACAAAAAAAUAUAUCAGCACACAGUUGAAUGAAUAUAAUUACAUAAUUGUCUUUAAAUUCACGUGCUUUGUGCCAUUACUUGAUUUGAAUUAGAUGUGCGUGCAAACAAACUGACUGGCAAACUAACAAACAUACACAUACACACGUACAUAUCGGAGAAGAAGAAGACUAGAACCGAACAAAAUGACAACAAAGCGAAAUAGAGAAAAAAAAUAAACGCAUCGAACCACAUACGAUAAAGUUAAUUGCAAAGCGCUAACGAAAGCGAAACACAGUACGGGAAUUGCUCGGUUGAAUCUCGUUGUCAAGCCAAAAACAGAAACAACAAAUCGUUUAGCUCGAAUUCAUAUGCUAAUUACUAUAAAUAUACGUUAUAUGCAUUUGUUACACACAGUUUGAUGUUUUCUUCGUUUUAUUUUUUUUUUGUAUAUGACCGACCUUACAGACAGAGACGAUGAAUCCAAAUGAAUUAUGUGUUCACUGCGCGAUGAAAAUAAUGUUUAAGUAUCAAAUGACAGAUCAAAUGCUAUUAGUUAACAUUGUGUAAGCGGUGUGGAUGUGUGUAGUGUAAGAAUAUUAUAUGUAUACAUAUCGAGUCGCAUUUAAUUGGAACAAACCAAAAGAUGAAUGGCAAAUGUGUUGUGGUUUCAUUGGUGGCACACCGGCUAUAUAUUGAAUCGGCCACACAACGACACUCGAUUGCAAUUAUAACGAUGUAAUCACGCCAGAUUACAAAACCAGAAAACACACAGCACAUGGUUGAACUCGACGCUUGGAUGUGAUUUGCACGCAUGAUUGAGGAAUAAAAUUAAAACCAUAUUGUGUGCAACGAGUUAAGACGUGCGUCAUCAAUACAUUUUCAUCGCAUAACACCAGACGAGAUAUUUCCCGAAUGGAAUAUUGAUUGUCCCUAUUUCUGGCAUCCAAACGACAAACAUCAUCAACAAUGAUAUGCAUACACAUAAAUCAAAUAGCAACAACAACAAGAAGAGCCACCAAAUCAAUGACAAAGUGCACUCAGAAAAUCAUUCAUUUUUAAUUAUCUAAGCAAAUACGAAAUCACAUUGUAACGGAAGUUACAAGACGACGACGAGGACGAUAAGGUGGAAAAAGGCAAAGAGUAUUGGCAUUUAGUGAAGAAUCGCAUUUGAAUAUGCUUGAUCGAAGACCAAUUCAGUGACACAAAGUGAAAACCAAGCGAACGAGGGAGUAAGAGUGAGAGCACGAGCAAUAGAAAAGGGACCGACGAGAGUGUGGGUGAAUCAAUCUCAUCAUAACCGUUUUGAUUCUCUCCCAGAAUCGGGGUUCACGGAGUUUGGUGAACGACAUCAACUUUUCAUCACCUGCAGGAUAAAUCGAUUAAUUUCGGCAAGUUUUGGGUGGUUGUCAACAUUCCACGUUACGUUAAAGCCGUUGAAUAAUUGCUGGUCAUCAUCUUUCGAUGGUAUCAUAUCAACGGAGUGAUCAAUUGAAGGAUUGCUCGAUCAAAUUACCGCUGGAUAUUCCAUGGUUAAUCAAAAUGGCAAUGAGGCCAGUGGGCCCGUUUGAUUCAUCACCGUCCUUUGCACAACACAAUGAUUGUGUGCUCGUUGUUGGAGUAUCCCGUCCAAAAUUAGCUGCUGCUUUUUUAACAAUUAUGAUUAUAUCGUUGUUUUUGACAUUUCACGUGCUAUAUGAUAGCGCCAUCUAUAGCAUUCAGGCUGCUUCCAGUUCCAGUGCUUCGACAGAUGACCGAUUCUCGUAUCUAUCGAAUCAAAUCUAUGGUCCGAACGAUGCGAAGGCUGCGAUAAAAAAUUCAGUUGUGUUCCCUAGUAAAAUACAUUUUCCAAAAACUAGCAGAAGGCUUCCACAGGCACUGGUGAUCGGUGUACGAAAAUGCGGUACGAGAGCACUGCUUGAGAUGCUGUACCUACAUCCGCGAAUACAGAAGGCGGCCGGUGAAGUGCAUUUCUUCGAUCGCGAUGAAAACUACUGGAAAGGCUUGGAAUGGUAUCGAAAAAAGAUGCCGCAUUCGUUUCGUGGCCAAAUCACCAUCGAAAAAAGUCCCAGCUACUUUGUUACGCCCGAGACUCCAGAAAGGGUUAGAGCAAUGAACGCUACAAUAAAACUGUUACUCAUAGUUCGGGAGCCCGUAACAAGAGCAAUAUCAGAUUAUACACAGCUACGAAGUCAUGCGGCGACUGCAACUCUUCCACAACAACCACCACCGCCAGCAAUAACGCAACAACAAUCAUCGCAAUCAUCAGUGCCAAUGUCAGUGACAUCGGCGGUCUCAUCGUCAACACCGUCGCUGAACGCUUCUAAAACAUUCGAAGAACUGGCCAUACUUCCGAACGGUACGGUUAAUGAAGCGUAUCGACCAUUAACCAUAUCCAUGUACCAUUUGCACAUGCAUCGAUGGCUCGAGGUAUUUUCACGUGAUCAGCUUUUAGUUGUGAACGGUGACCAAUUGAUUGAGGAUCCGGUAUCACAGCUACGACGAAUUGAAACAUUUUUAGGAAUCGAGCAUCGUAUAUCGAGACGCAAUUUUUAUUUCAACGAGACUAAAGGUUUCUACUGUUUGCGAAAUGACACGGCUGAUAAGUGUUUGCGUGAAACAAAGGGCCGUAAGCAUCCGCACGUUGAUCCACAGGUGAUAUCAAAAUUACGAAAAUUCUUUGCCGAACACAAUCAGAAGUUCUACGAAUUAGUUGGCGAAGACUUGGGAUGGCCCGAAGAAUAAGCACAACAAACGGACGACAACAAUAGCCAGCAACAAUACAAAAUGAAUUCAAAAACCAAGUUAAUCGGAACAAUCAACCAAUAGCACUAGCAACAGCAGCAUCGUUGAUAAUGAUUAUAUUGAAUGGCGUUUUUAUAACUGUAGACGAUAUAUCGAAAAUUGAAAAGAAACCAACCAGUGGUACAAUUUUUUAGGGAUAUCUAUAAAUGGGUAAGGUGUCACCAGUGGAAAAAAAAGAAAACAUAGCAACGGUGAAAUGACUGAACAGAAACGAGAAAUUGAUUUUAUACGUGAUGGAAACGUUCAGUCGAUGUAAGCUCGUAGAUUGUCGAUUUGGUUGUACAAUAUAUUUCCCCUUCCAAACAAAAUUCACGCAAUAAAUGGGUUUUUCUUUUUCGAACAUUAUGAAACUAAAACCGAACGAAAAAAAAAUAUGUGCUAGAACAUUUGGUUGAUGCACAACAACAUAUUCGAACCAAUCGCCACUCGUGACAAAAAUAAACGAAUUAUAAUAAUUGUGUAAUGGAAAAAAAAGUAGCGAUGAGAACAAAUUGAUCGAUCUGUCGUUUGAUUAGCACAUGCUUGAUAUGAUGGGUUGGCGUUGAAUAGUUGAGCGUUUCAUUGCCAGACAAGCACCUUUAUGGAUUUCAUUUUACCUUCACGCUCAUCGUGUGUAUUAGUAUAUCCGCUCUUUCCAUACCCAUUAUGUCAUGCUCAUGUUUUUAGAGAGAGUGAAAAAAAACGAAAAGAAACUAAGCGAAAGAAAAAUAAAAUAGGGACAUUCCAUAUGUUGCAUUAAGUCUCAGCACGAAAUGGAAACUAAUCGAUUUGAAGCGGACAUUUAUCAUAAUCACAUCUGCUUCACCACUCGCUCGUUCGUUCGGCUCCUCAUUCCCACACCAUAUCAUCUGAGUGAAUUUUGAUGGAAAUAAAUGUAGAGAAAUGAAUUUCUCUAUGUUGUGCUAUUUUCUACAAUGGAAAAACGUCGAAAAGGAGCACAAAAAGGCGUCUCUCCCUAACAAAUGCGCCAUAAUUAUAUGUGUGUAAUUUCAUUUGCUUGAUCCACGAAUCGUGUAUAAAAUGGUCAACAAUCGUGUCUUUUUUUUGUGUUUUCUUCUUCGCCUUUUUCUCCACUUUUCGUUGAAUGCUCAACUUUUUGUUUUCUAUUUUGAAUUUUCUAUUUUAUAUCAAACCUCCCUAUUCACUGACAUUGAUGGCGGAAAACUUGAGAACACAAAACAAAAAAUGAAAACAACAACACAUAUUGCGUUGCUUUUACCCUUAUAAUUGAAGCACUUUUUCGUUUUUAUUUUCCUCUAUUUUUUGCUCGUUCGUUCGUUAAACCCUUGUUUUUCUGACGAUAUACCGAGUCUCUUUUCAUCAAGAAAAAAGUGAAUGCUUUUCGCUUCAAUCGCACUGAAUGAUUCACUGUGAAAUUCAAGAGGGCUUUCAAUGCGCCGUAUAGCACAUAUACCAUACCAUAAGAGCUUUAUAAGAGCGUUGACUCUAUAUUUACAUUUCCACCAACAGUGAAUACAAUUUAAUCAAUUUAAUUAAUUUGCUGAGUUCGGGCAAGAGUCAGCUUCAGAAUACUGGUAUAGCGGCGCAUUUAAUGAAUGUGAUAGAGAGAGUGUGUAUGUGUUUGCUCAAUAAAUUCAAUAAAAUGAGAUCAGAUGUAAUUAAAUCGUAAAGAUGCACGAUCACCGUUAUCAACAUUUUUCUCUCGAAAUGGCCCUUCCUAUCAAUGAGCACGAAAACGGACUCCAUAGUUGAGUUGUUGCUUUUUGUGUGUGUUGUCAAUAGCAAACGUAAUCACAUUGUUGAAUGCAGUCGAGUUAAAUGGCGAAAUGGGCAUAGCAUCAGGAUUUUGUCUCAUAUUGGUGUCAUACAUAAUGCAUGUCGACGUGAUGCGCCACUCACUUGUAUUUUUUCUCUCUUUCUCUCUCUGCUCCACUGUGCUACUCACUGUAAUCUAUUUGAAGAAUCCAACAUAAAAAGCACAGCAGACAUCACGAGCAAAGCAUUGAAAAUAGGCUGCGCCAGUGCAAGAUUCAGAGUAAAGAGAGGCAGGAAAAGGGUCAAAGGAGAGAGAGAGAGAGAGUAAGCUUCAUAUAAAUCAUUGCUUUUGCCCCAUUUAUAACAUGCAAUCACUUUGUACACCUUCUUGAAAUUAUUUGACUUGCCAUUUAUGAGCAACGAAAUGAAAUGAUUGUAUACAAACGAAAGCCAAUCUAUGGUUCUGCUCUGUUGUCCGGACCAAGUGCCAAGUUUACGAGUAAAGUUAUACAGAAGAAAAUCAUUGCUCGCCAAUUGAAAGUGAUAUAAUGUUGCUGAUAUUCAAUUCGCACUCGCACCGAACAAAGAUCCAGCCACCGUCGCUGCCGCCAAUCCAAUCGUUUGGGCAAGAACAGUUUACGUUCAGUUUGGAGCAGAAGAGAUAGCGGGUAAAAUGCCAUUUAAUUUAUCAAGUGCUAUCUUGUUAUCGCCGCUGAUUUAUUGAAUAUAUUACAACAUCGACUCUUCAGCCGAAUACUAUUAUUAUAAUAAUCGAUGCGAAUGCAUUCACCCGUUCACCGCGUGACUUUUGUCCAUGCCGCGCUCCAAACUUACUGAUAAACAGAAUCAUAAAGUGCUUUCAUUUGUGCAAUUUUUAUCGCAAAUGCUGUCGCCGAUGUUUCGAAAAAGAAUAUACUUCUAAGUGAAAAGUUUGGUACGAGGAAAUUUAUUCACGUCUCAACGUCAACCAAUCGACAACUACGUGCUACAAUUAGAGGAAAAAGAAAUUUAGCGAAGAAAAA